AUGAUUUUUUGGAUAAUACCAAUUUUGUGGGUGACUGCGUAUGUGUAUUUUUAUAUCAAAGCCAAGUGUGAUGAUCCAGCAAUGACUAGGGUUAUGAUUGUCUUAGGAUCUGGUGGACACACUGCUGAAAUGCUCUCAUAUACUUCUGUAUUGACUUGUAAAUUUCAACCACGUUUGUAUGUUAUCGCGACGACUGAUUCUAUGAGUGAACAAAAGGUUUUGGAUUUAGAGGACAAGUGUGAUAUUAAAUUCAGCAUAAAGCGCAUACCAAGGGCUCGAGAAGUAAAACAGUCAUACGCUAGCAGCAUCUUCAGUACCUUAGCGUCUUGUCUAUCUGCGUUCCCCAUCGUCACAAAUUUUAGGGCGAAAUUGAUUUUGUGUAAUGGUCCUGGGACAUGUAUCCCCAUAUGCUUCGUGGCUAUUUUACUCCACGUACUAAAAAUCCAUUCAACUCUUAUAAUUUUUGUUGAAAGUAUUUGUCGUACCAAAACUUUAUCAUUAUCUGGGAAAAUUUUAUACUAUACUCGUUUAGUAGAUGUAAUUGUUCAGUGGCCAGAAUUGAAGACAAAAUAUCCAAGAUCAAUUUACUUAGGACUUUUAUCGUAA